AUGAGCGAACAAAGCAUUGCACGCCCGCCUGAGUGCCUCGACCUUCUUUCGGUCAAAUACACACUAAAAUCACUUUUUGCAGCGAUUCGGAAAAGGAAAUGCCAUGACUGUGGUGGUCGUGAUGUGUGGGUUUGUUUGACGUGUUUAUAUGUUGGGUGUUCAACAAAUGAAUCGAACCACAUUGAGAACCACUACAAACAACACGACCAUCCAGUUUGCUUUAAUUUGCGAACGAUGACAUUUUAUUGCUAUGAGUGUGGAGAUAUCGUGACAAGUGACAUACUAACAAAGAUCCGGAAUUACAUCAUUGCGGAUUAUUCGGUCAACUAUCGGUUCUAUCGACCUUAUUUUAACGAGUACUCGCCGGCUGGUGUCGCGCAGUAUAUCGUGUCACAUAAUGUGAGAAAUAUUAUUGCGUUGGUGGGUGCUGGGAUGUCCACUUCGGCGGGAAUACCGGAUUUUCGAAGUCCGAAGACGGGGCUUUACUUUAAUUUGCAGAAAUAUAACUUGCCCUAUCCGGAAGCUGUUUUUGAUAUGGAAUACUUCCCAACAAACCCCGCGCCGUUCUAUGAAGUCAUGAAGGAUAUGUACCCCGGACUUGGAAAGUACUUUCCAACGAAAUGCCACCGCUUUUUGAAGAUGUUGAAUGACAUGGGGAGACUGAAAAUGAUAUUCACACAGAACAUAGACGGACUUGAAAAAGAGGCGGGGAUACCUGAUGAGAAGGUUGUGUAUUCACACGGAACGUUUAGAACAGCAAGGUGCUUGAAGUGUGGGAUGAAGUUUGACAACACGAACGUGUUUAUUGAAAAUAUCACAAAGGGAGAGAUUAUUAGAUGUCAGUGUGGGGGAUUGAUCAAACCGGAUAUCGUGUUUUUCAACGAGAGUUUGCCGAAUGCAUUUUUUGAGAAUGUGGAAACGCAGUUUGAUGACUGCGACAUGCUUUUUGUGAUUGGGACGGCGAUGGUGGUGUAUCCAUUUGCAUUGUUGAUGGAACAAGUCAGUGUGAAUUGUCCUCGAAUUGUAUUCAAUAGAGAAGAGAUUGGGAAGAGCAUUGAUUACAGUCAACAAGGAAGAGAUGCGGGACUCAUGGGGAACUGUGAUGACAUAGCCGAGGAGAUGUGUAAGGCUGUCGGGUGGAAAUUGGAUUGA